GUUUGCAGGGUUUUUGGUCUGAUUCGUCGUCUCUAACAAUGAGGUCUUCGCUCGCCUCUUCACGGAUCCUUCCGUUCACUCUCUGUUCAAUAAAGAACGCUAAAUAUAAAUGCUCUUUACCGGACGUUCCUAGUAUACCCAUAUCGGAAGAAUCAAAAAUUUCUGCGAAUCUCGACCCAAACACCGCCUUUCUCGAGAAAUCGGCCCCAGAAUCCGAUGCACACGGAGACCGAGCUGCCCCAAGUUCCUUUUCCGAACCAAUAUCAGAAGACGAAUGUUUGACGCAAACCCAUGUCAUCAACACUCUGCUAAGUCGCAAAAAUCAUCCCGAAUCGGCUUUGAGGUACUUCCGUCGCGUCGAAAAGAGGCGUGGGUUUGUCAAAGGCGUUGAUUCAUUUUGUGUUUUGCUUCACAUCUUGGCGAGUUUCCCACGGACACAUGAGCAAGCCAAGAAAUUGCUUAACGGGUACGUGUUGGGUGAUUCAGAUCCCCUGCCUAGUAUUUUAGUCGAUCGCUUGGUGGAAUGUGCUAAAAGCUUUGGCUUUGAAUCUGAUUCGCGUGUGUUUAAUUUCUUGUUGAAUAGUUAUAUUAGAGCUAAACGUAUAGAUGAUGCUGUAGAUUGUUUUAAUGGAAUGAUAGAACACGGUAUAGUUCCUUGCCUGCCAUUUAUAAAUAUUCUUUUGACGGCAUUAGUUAGGAAUAAUUUAAUUGAUGAAGCUCGAGAGUUGUAUGAAAAGAUGGUUUCCAGAGGCGGUAACAGGGAUCAUGUUACAGUACAUCUGAUGAUGCGUGCGUGUUUGAUAGAAAAGAAGCCUGAGCAGGCGGAGGAAUAUUUUAAAGAGGCAAAGGCUAGAGGUGUAGAACUUGAUGCAUGGGCGUAUAGUAUUGUUAUCCAGGCUGCUUGCCAGAGAGGAAAUUUGAGUAUGACUUUUAGAUUGUUGAGGGAAAUGAAAGAAAUGGGAUGGGUUCCUUCUGAGUGUACAUUUACUAGCGUCAUUGCAGCUUGUGUGAAGCAGGGAAACAUGGUAGAAGCAUUAAGGCUCAAGGAUGAGAUGCUGAGUUGCGGGAAGCCUAUUAAUGUGGUGGUCGCGACCAAUUUGAUAAAGGGUUACUGCAAGAACAGUGAUCAGACAAGUGGUUUGGAUUUGUUCAGUAAGAUGAAGGAGGAGGGGCCUCGUCCAAACAAGGUUACGUAUUCAGUUUUAAUUGAAUGGUAUUGUCAGAAUGGGAACAUGGAAAAGGCAUAUGAGCUUUACCUGGAAAUGAAAUUCAUGGGUAUCCAACCAGAUGUCUUCCACAUCCAUUCCUUGGUACAAGGAUUCUUAAAGGCUCAGAAACUCGAAGAUGCAACAAAGCUGUUUGAUGAGGCCAUUCAGUGCGGUGUUGCCAACAUUUUCAUUUAUAAUGGUUUUUUGUCAUGGUUUUGUAAGGAGGGUAAGUUAAGUGAAGCUAGCAGUUUGUGGGAAAAGAUGGUGAGCAGGGGAGUGCAACCUAAUAUGGUUUCAUACAACAACAUGAUUCUUGCUUUCUGCAAAAUGAAAGAUAUGGAUAAGUCAUACUGUUUAUUUUUGGAGAUGCUUGAAAAUGGUUUAAAUCCAACUGCUGUCACAUAUUCUCUUAUGAUUGAUGGGUAUUUUAAAAGUGGUGAUCUUGAGCGUGCCUUAAAUGUCCUAGAUCUAAUGCACGGGGCAAAUAUUGCUCCUACUGACUACACCUUCAAUACAAUUAUCAAUGGUUUUUGUAAAGCCGGUCGAACAUCUGAGGCGAAGGAUAAGUUGAAGGAGUUUGUUGAAAUGGGUUUUGUUCCCAUUUGUAUGACUUACAAUACUAUUAUAGAUGGUUACAUAAAAGAGGGUGCCAUCAAUUCUGCUUUGACAGUUUAUGGAGAGAUGUGUGAGAAUGGACUUUCUCCAAAUGUAGUCACAUACACCAGCCUUAUUAAUGGGUUCUGCAAAACUAAGAACAUUGGUCUUGCUCUGAAAAUGACGAAUGAAAUGAGAAACAAGGGUCUUGAACUUGAUAUUACUGCAUAUGGUGCUCUAAUUGAUGGAUUUUGCAAGAAGAGAGACAUGGAAAGUGCACGCCAACUUUUCACUGAACUCCUUGAUGUUGGGUUAUCUCCAAAUACUGCUGUUUACAAUAGCAUGAUUAGUUGCUUCCGGAAUUUAAAUAACAUGGAAGCAGCUCUGGAAAUGCAUAAGAAAAUGAUAAACGAGGGGAUUCCUUGUGAUUUACAUACAUAUACUACAUUAAUUGAUGUUCUAAAGGAGGGUAAACUACUCUCUGCAUCAGAACUCUACUCAGAAAUGCUUGCCAAGGGUAUACUGCCUGAUGCUGUCACAUAUACUGUACUGAUAAAUGGUUUUUGUGGGAAACGUCAGCUAGAGAAUGCAUGCAAGAUCUUGGAAGAGAUGGAUGGGAAGAGCAUGACUCCGAAUGUUCUGAUUUAUACUGCAUUAAUUGCUGGGUAUUUUAGGGAAGGGAAUCUGCAGGAGGCCUUCAGACUGCGUGAUGAGAUGCUUGACAGAGGUCUUCAACCUGAUGAUACUACUUAUGUUAUACUUGCAAGUGGAAAAGUUAGAGGGGAAAAUUUACUUUCUGGAGCUGCAUUUCCUGAACCUAAAAUCAAUUAAGUAUUUGUUUUGAUGUAAUUUGAGCUUUAUUUUGGUCCUUUUAUUUAGGGCCAAAAGGCAUUGCUAAAGGACUGAGGUCAUUAACUCAUAUUGGCAUUUUUUCUCGCGAUGAGAAACUAUGUAGAUGCUGACAUUCAUAAGUUGACUUGAAAAAUUCAAGGAUGAGCCUCAAAAAGGUGCAUGCAGAACAAGGCCAUUUUCAUGGGUGUGAAGGAAAAGAUGCCCAGGAAACUGCAUAUUAUAUAGGUGAUAGAAGAAAAAUUGCACCUAAUGUGGGUCAUCCAAGUAAUUUUGAGGUAAAUACCUUCUAUUAAAUCUGAGCCCCUUGAGGAGUGAUUGCUACCUUUAGUUAAUUUACCAUUUUGAAAUGCGAUGAAGCACCAGGUCCUGCUACUGCUGUUGUAGCUCCUUGUUGUCUUUUUACCCCUCCCAGGACCAGUUGUAAUUCAUCAGGAUCGAACAGGAAUUUCAAAGGCCAGAAUAGUAGCUGUUGCAAAUUAAGUUAACACCUGUCACCAGAAAAGGACUUCAAGCUCAUGCCUUUCAUCUUAAAGUAAAUAAUCUAUCCUAUGGGACUUGGUAUCGUUGUAUCACAUAUCCUCCUGGAGGUUGUGUUCAUUUUUCUUAAAACUCGUGUCAGCCAACAUUAUACCUCAAUGUUAUUGGUCUGCAGAGUUGCAAUGAGAGCAAAUGAAGGAAAUCUAUUAUGCAGGCUGCUUUUGGUUGGAUGCUUGCAGAGUAUUUAACUGAAGGAGAAAAAUUAUAUUCCCCGGAGGCCCUUUGUGCAAUAUGCGGAGGAAUGCAAUGGGUUUCUUCCUUGGUGCAAUGAUUUUUGCUAUUGAUGCUUCACUCCCUCUAUGCAGAUUGGAAAUCGGUAUGUUUGUUUUGGGAUACGGGAAUGAGAUACAACACCUUGGAGUAGCUUUAGUUGAUAGGCUUUUCUGAUUGUGAGGGUAAGUUAGUGAUAUUUUUGUAGUUCCUUGAUUGAAAUUGAGGAGUCUAGAUCUGAACUACUAAAACUAUUUGGAUUUAGAAAUAUGAAGCUUCAACCAUCUGUACUGUGGGUGAAAAGAACUGUUGGAAGCUGAAGCAAGGAGGUCUUAGGGCAUGGGUUUAGUUGGCAUCCCAAGUACUUAUCUGUUUCUACUCUAAUGAUCUUGCCAGUUAUAGAUUUUUUUUUUUUUUUUUUUUCUAAUUUUAUAAAGUGAAAAUUCAUAAAAUUUUAUAAUUAGAUGAUAAUUGUACACUAAUAACCACACAAUUAGAGUUUUAUACUCUAGAGGUGAAAGUAACAAGCAUAUAGCCAAAGGAUUGAUUGUUGGACUAAACCAGCAAUUGGUGUCAAAUUUCUCUCACAUUUGAACAAUUUCAUAUGAUACAAAAAAUCUGAUGAUUGUGAUGUAA